GAUUUACUGACUGUCAUUCUGAACGAUUCUUCACAUCGUGACCGACAUUUUAAUCUGCAUUUAGGUUUAUUGUCCUUCGUUUUAAUUUCACGGAAGAGUUCGGUAAUUGGACGGACACUUACUCCAUUUGUUCAGUCAAGUAUUGUUGUUGGCCCCUCUGCUGAAGUAACCGUUUCUGCGAGACAAGAGUCAAUACGACAAUACAACAACACGAGACAAGAAACUGAAACAAAGCCGUUCUUUAAAGUAACAAGUUAUUGGAGAGAAACAAUUACUACAACGACCAAAAGGAAUGAAUAUUCGUUUACAAAUGCCUCAUCCAAACAACUCUUGCCCGCUUUAUCAGUGACUUUGGUCUCUCGAUCGCUGUUAAAUGACUUUAUCAAAAGCUCAUUAUCUACAAACGUGCAGCCGGAAAGUUUUGCGCCGAGAUAUCCAUCGCUAAAUGAAAAAGACAGUGUCUCAAGUAGCCACGAAAAUGGUUUUGCGAUAUCGUCAACUCUCUACAAUGUGCUUGCAGCGGAAAUCAUUCCGACCACGUCCCAAGUCAAUGGACUUAGCAAAGCUUCGUCGACGAGAGAUAAGUCGCAUUUGUCAACCUCUCAAAAAGAAGAUAAAUCUCGUGACAGCUCUCAAGAAGCUUUUAUUAAAUCAGCUUUCUUUGAUCCACGCGGCGUAUCUAAUGUGUUUAACUCGUGGACAGCUCAAUUUACAAGUUCCAUGUCGCACGGUGACAGUGUAUAUAAUGCUGUAGUAAGCAAAAAUGAAACAGAAAUGUUUACUAAAGGAUCAGUUGCGCUGACAAACGGGCUAAGGACUUCUUCACCCGCAUCGACCAUCCGGAAAACCGCGGAAUUAAAGCUUCUCUCACAGGCGGCAUCGCUUUCAUCGUUUCGCAAAGAAACUUUUCAACACAGCGUGAAAACAUUUGACACCAAAAUAACUUCUGAAGCCAUUAGAGAACAAUUUGCCGGUAUUUCUGGCAUUUCGAAAACAACUGAGAAUGGAAAAUUGACCCUUAUAUAUGAAGGCUUCACUUCUUCGUUUAUUUCAACUGUGCUUGCCACUGGAGUGUCCUCAACCUCUGUAAAAACUUCCUCAACUUCUAGACCACCCAGCAUGAAGCAGCACAAUGUGUCUCUCUAUCUGUCUGUGAUGACUUCACCAGUUGUUCUAAACAAAAUGUCUACUAACUCGAUGACAACUUCCACAGCGCCUUUACCCCACAUGUCUGUCAGCGCGAACAGCAGCAAAGUUUCUUCGAGAUCGAAAAGCGAAUUCCACACGUCGUCAAUAGAAAAGAAAAACAGUGAUGUACUUAGUUUAUCUUCCAGCUCGACACAAACUAGUGAUGGCGGUGAAUCAGAUGUUUCCACUCAUGAAUCUAUAUCUUCUGUAGUUCCAAAAGAAUCACUUCGUUCUUCAGAUCUCUCUGAUUUUGCUGGAAGAAGCUCCUAUCUGACGGAAGGAAUGCAAACCGCACCUUUCUCACGGCCAAAAACAAGUCAACAAACAUAUCUCUUGUCCACAUCUCUUGUAAAAGCCUUCUCAGGUUCGGUAGACAUUCCUCAAAAUGCUGGAAAACAGACACCAGUGAGUUCUAAACAAUCAACUGCGUUGGGCGAAAAUCUGUCUUCUUCCUUCUUAUUACAUACAACGAUCACCAUGCGCUCAAAAUUCCGGUUUGUUUUUGAUGCGUCUAAUUAUAAACAUUUCUCCAAAUUGAUGGUCCCUGGUAGCAGACAUCCUUCUUCUAUUUCCAGUAGUAAUGCUUAUCGUGUUCGUUUCUCUCAGUUCACCAAGACCUCCGCUGUGUCCAAUGGACUUGUCGCUGCAUCCUCCCGUGUAA